AUGGCGGCGUCGCCCGCCCUCCUCUCGCUGACUCCCGCCGUCUCCAGGCACCCCCACCUCCUUUUCUCUCCUUGCUCCCCGCGGCGCCACGUCCGCCUCGCCCCUCUAGCCGCCACCCCCUCCUCCCCGGGCGGAACCGGCCCUGGUGGUCCCGGCGUCUUCCUGUCGCCGCGCGCGCUCUCGCAGCUCGACGAGCUCGCGGCCUUCCGCUACGAGCACGCCUUCCCGCACGGCCUCCUCACCGUGCGCGCCCUCAGGCGCGGGCCCGACGACGACGCCGUGGCCGAGGCGCUCGUCCGCCUCCUCGCCUCCUCCUUCUCCGAGACCGUGCGGUGGGCCCCGGCGCAGCGGUACGCGCAGCUCCUCACGUUCGUCAUCCGCAGGUACCUCCACGACCGCCGCGGGCUCGCGCCGCACGCCGCGGUGCUUGUGGGGUUCUACCGCCCCGCCGACGCCGACGACGACGACGACGGCGCCGCCUCUGAGGACGGCCGGGAUGAUGAGGGCGGCGAGGAGGAGGGUGAAGAUGAAGGGGAGAUGGCGUGCACCGCGGAGGUGUCGUUUGACGCGGUGGGCGCGCCCGGGGGCCCGCCCACGCCCACUCCGCCGCUCGACUUCCCCUACAUCUGCAACAUGACUGUGAAGACGCCACUGAGAAGGAGAGGAAUUGGAAAACAACUUCUUAAGGCAUGCGAGGAUCUGGUUUUCAAGAUGAAUGCCAGAAGACGUGUGUAUCUUCAUUGUAGAAUAAUCGACCAAGUCCCAUUCAACAUGUACAGGAAAGCUGGAUAUAUUAUUGUCCAGACUGACAGUAUUUUGGUCUGGCUGAGCCUUCAAAAGCGGAAGUACUUGAUGAGCAAGGAAUUACCCCAAGCUUCUGUUGUUAGUGAGACUUCAACCAAAAACUUUGAUGAUAAUAUCUGA